AUGGGUCAUUCGUUUGAAGGCGAGAGUGUAAAUUGUGAAGAUGCUUAUAACUGUGGAAGCAUACAUGGUGUUAAGUACCCGUUCUGGGGAGGUGGUUCGCGAUCAAGUUUAUGUGGUAACCAUGAUUUAUAUCUACAGUGCCAAGAUAAUCAGACAACUUUGUCUGUUCUUUACGUCUAUGGAAAACUCAUUGGCUAUAGACCUUCUGAAUUUCAUGUACUGUCAAUUAACCAGUCCUCACUCAAGAUGAGAAUGGUUCAUGAUAAUCACUGGAAAAAUGUUUGUCCAGAAUCUUCUUCACUCUACAGUCUCUACAAGUACAACACCACCUUAAUCAAUGGUCUCAGCUACGUCGCAGGGACUAGAUUUAUAAACAUACACUAUGGCUGCAGUUCUGUGGUCCUGUCCAGUGUACAGGUGCAGAGCAAUAUUAGUUGUUUUAUAAAUGGAACAAUCAACACUGGUGUGUUCUUUAGCGAUGAAUUUGUUACAAAUGUCCUAGGAUGUUCCUUCAGCAUACUGGUACCUCUUGUUUCCACUGCUUAUAACAAAUUGUGGGACGCAACUCUUACGCUGCAAGAGGCUGUGGAUGAGGGGUUUGAAGUGGAUUAUAGUGAUGCGUCAUAUGGGACUCAAGCAAACACUAAUAAGAUUCAUUUAGCAACAGGAAUAUCAAUUGCUGGAAUUGGGAUGUUAAUCUGCUUAGGAAUAUGGUACACACAAUAUAGAGAAUCAUUCUGCAAGUGCAUACGAUUAAUUAACGGCAAAACAGAAGAUCAGAGUCUAGAGGCCUUACUUAAGCAAUAUGGAUCUCUGGCACCAAGGAGAUACAGCUAG